UCUCGUAGUCGUGAAUACGUACGCGAAUAUAAUUCACGUACGUGCACGUACACACGGUAAAGAGCCUGGUUUAUGUACGAUUGUCGUGAACAGGUGGACGUCGAGGUCGCUCGCCUUCCUGCGCGAAACGAGCACCGAAUCCAAUAAUCGAAUUCCAUCGGGCGAACCCGAAGGACGUUCACCUCGCAGCGGAGCCGGAGGGAGAAGGCUAGGGGGAUCGAACGAAUUCGUCUCGUCCUUCUCGCAGCCCUCCUCCGGUGAUUUUCGUCAGUGGUACACAGAGACGUCGUGCGUUCGAGCCUCUUCUACGACUUUUGUCGCGUCUCCUUGGUUAUUUCGUCGUUCGUCGCGAUCUAACGAACGACGCAUAUUGCCCGAGAAACUGGAACGCCGGUCGUCUACGCGAGUGGCGUCAUCGAGGCCUUGCCGGAUCGUCCUUGCGACCGAAACGAUGCCCUCCGCUCGCGUUUAACCGAGUCCGAGCGGUCUCUGGUCGCGAUCGAAGUCGUCCUACGAUGGAACUGCCUUGGUCGAUCGGCGGGUCGAACUCGGUCAAUCGGUAAAAUCGAUCGAGCGUGUCGCGCCGCGUGCAGACGCCCCCCGAGGCCUUCGCGGACAACGACCAACGGACGGUGAACGAAUGUGCAGAUCCACGGAGCCGGAGGAUGCCAGGCUGGCCGCAUUGGACAUGGGAUAGAUGAUAGAUCGCGAACGAUGGGGCGGUAGAACAGACCGGAAACGCAAAAUGGAUUGGGCGCCUCAGCUCAGGUAGCCAGGGCGAUAUCAGCCCACCACACCCCCCUCACCAGCCAACCGUUCGUCGCCAUUUUCUCUUUCCGUCGCGAAGGUGGACUCGAAAGACUGUUUUGACAAAAGACUGAACUUACUCGAGAACCUAUCCGGAGGGGAAUUUGUCCUCGUUAGCGGGUCCCACGGUGGAUUCAAAGAGUCCCCGCCGCCUCUGGCUCAUGAGAAAAGACUGAAUCGUUAAAAUCGUCUAUUCGUUUAAUCAUCGUGUCUCGUAGAAUCUGUGCAUAUCCCUCGGAGUUCCGGGGCAACGAUUAUCGGCGCUCGCGGAAAUUUCCGACUGCUAUACACGUUGCUGAAUAUAUAUAUAUAUGUUGUAUAUAUGUAUUUAUGUAUAUUUACAUACCAAGUACCAAAAACUAAUUUCGCUGCCUAACGGAGGUAUCUCGAAAGUGUCGCGUUACGAUACCGUGGAAGAUAAAUCUCGACUCGGCACGGUCGCCUCGAUCGUGUAUCGUAUUCGGUUCCUCUUUUUCUACGAAAAAGAUAUCGCCGGUGUCUGGAGGCUUCGAUCGCUACCGAGAAAUUUUCUGGCGAGUAUUGUACAGACUCGAGGCUGUGUUCGAAGCCCGGCGUGAAGCGAGAAACCAGUGAAAUCGCCAGCCCGCAACAGAGCAGGAUGGGUUGUGGUCAGAGCAAAAUCGGCAACAUCUAUCCCAAGAACAAGAAGAACAAAAACAACAGCGGCAAGAAGAACGGCGAUACCGUGGGUUCUGCGUCCGUUGAACAGAGAAAUGGAAAUGGCAACGCCAAGAAUAACAAGACCAACAACAACGGGGUCGAGGUGAACAGAAACGAGGAACAAAAUGGCACGGGCGACGCUAAGGGUCAGGCCAAAAAGAAGCCGAGCGCACCUGGAGGCGGACCUCUGUUGCAACAGGCAGAGAUAUCCACCAGUCAGCUCGACUUCUUCAAGAUGCUCGACGAGAAGAUCGAGAAUGGCCCAGACUACGACGAGAGCCUCGACACGACGACCAGAGCGGAACGAGAGUCCAGCUUCCUUCGUCAAUGGGAACUGGCCAGCGUCUCCGAGUUGAACAACGCGUCCCCAACCUCGGCAAGGAACCGUAUCUCCAUCUCGAACACGCCGCGUCAGAGUUUAAGCGCGAAGGACAGAGAAGGGAUGAGAAACAUAGUAGGUGGUAGGCCGGAGAGCGCCCCUAUUUACAUGAGGAACGCUAAUCGCGUGGACGGUCUCCAGGAGACCCACCACUGCCCGUCGCCCAACAUGCCCAGACACGUGUUGGAGUCGAUCACCCAGAGUCCCACGCAGAGCUUGAAGAACGUGACGCCGCUGGGCUCGUCGCCGACCAGCCUGCGUUAUCAGGACAGUUACAAAGAGUGCAACGCAAAUCAGCCGUCCUCGAAGACCGUGAAGGUGCACUACGCCGGUCAGAAUCCGAUGAACGGCGAGUGCGUGACGCAGCAGGCCCUCUACCGGGAACAGUAUUUGCAGCAGACCGGCAUCAUCGCCGUGUCGUCGCAGUACUCGGCCGGCUCCCCGGGCGGCAACGUUCUCCGGAACAGCCCGUACGUGCAGCAGUACCAGGUCGCCAAUCCGCAGCACUUCGCCGCGUCGAGGAAACGGGGAUUCAACACGGCGCAAAUGACGUGACCGGUAUGGCCGUACACCACCACCAGAUAAGACUGAAAAGACACCUCCGCGAGUCGGGAAGAGAAAAAGAGACGAAUGGCGAACGAGCUGAACUCGGCGAGGAUCGUUUGAUCCUUCCUCUCGUCGAUCUCAAGAGAAACGUAAAGGAGAGAGAGAGCCCCUCGAGGCGGCUGGAGACUGACCAACAGACGGAGAAAGAUAUCGAAUGUUUCUCUGUAUGUUCCUAAAGAUUCCGUACAUUUUCGUUGCGAUCGCGGCUGUCAGUUGAACCCGAGAAACGAAACACACACACACAUACAUACACGGUACACGAUACACGCGCUCGUUUUGGUGAUGGCCUAAAGAUUCAUCGAUCUUUGAGAAAGAAGAAACAACACACAACGGUUGUCGAUCCCUCUACGCAAAUUCUUCUAAAAGUCUACCAGAAUUCUUCGCUAUAAGUGCCAAAAUGCUACGUAAGCAAUCUUAAGUGUCACGAUAAAAGGGAGACAUUGUCCGUUGAACCAAUACUCCGUUCUUUGUAAUUCGUGUAAAUGAAACUUUUUCGAUGUGUAUAUCAUAUACAUGUAUAUAUACAUAUACAUAUAUAUAUUUUUGUUCAUUCUUGUAACUCGGUUCUCUUUUUCUAAUCGGAUAGCGUCCUUGCGUACCGCGCUAUUGGUAAAUGUAUAUUUCUAUAAGGGAAGAAAAAAUGUAAGCAAAACACAAAAAAAAAAAAGAAAAAAAUGAACACACCAUGGAACCGCGCGCGAACACGGAUUUCGCCGUAGCGUUUUGUAUAAUUAUAUCUCGCAUAUACGUGUGUAUGCAUUUACGUAUGCAUCGAAAGCAUGAAAAAAAAAAGAAACGAUAACAAAGGAAAAACGAACAGAGAACAAAACACAAUCCGAUAUGUAGGAAUCUUUUACUUAUACCGUGUAUAGAUUUGCUGUAUAUGUACUGUAUGGAUUAUACACUUAACUUAACGUGAUGACUGUAUAUUUAUAUGUUGACCAUGUUCAAAAAGUUAACGAUAUAUAAUAGUUGAUGAUGAUGAGAGUUUUAUAUUUCAUGUUACGAGUACGCUCUAUAUUGUGGAAUACACUUUAAUCGAAUUCGCUGCAUCACGCUGUCGAACUGUGACUAUUGGUAUAUUUCGUUCCAUUGAACAACUCUUCUUUUUUUUUUUUGUACAAAUAAAUUCGUAAUUUCUCCCCAAUGAAAAAUACUUAUAUUUGCGUAACCCAAAACGUUUUAACGCGAUACGUGUAUCGUGUAACGCUACUUAUUGUUUUACAGAUAACUUCCAUUAGAGGGGACACGGACUUCAUGCUUUUAAUGUUACCCGUU